CCCUUUUCCACUCUUCAUCCAAAAAAAAUUCCAUCAACUAUGGAGAUCAACAAAUUUCUCUUUAUUCUUAUUCUUUUACCUUUCUACCAUGUUCUCUCUCAAUAUGAAAAUGAACAUGAGCCUUUCCAUCCAUACCAAACAUCCCCUACUCUUGAUCCUCAUGCCAUGAUCAUUCAAGCUUGCAACAACAUCCAAAACCAAGCCUUAUGCCUCUCACACAUACAAUCCAAUCUUGAUGAUCCUGUCCAUAAGGACCCCAAUUCAAUCCUCAGAGCAGCCAUUCGAAACUCCCUCAAUCAAGCAAAGCUAACCAUUCAAUCCAUCACAAAAUUCAGCACCUUAUCAGCUUCAUCCAGGGAUCAAAUGGCCAUUGAGGAUUGCCAAGAACUUCUCGAUUUCUCAGUCACUGAACUAGCAUGGUCCUUAGGUGAAAUGAGAAAAAUCCGAGCUGGUUCAAAGAACGUUCAUUAUGAGGGAAAUCUCAAGGCAUGGCUGAGUGCUGCAUUGAGCAACCAAGACACCUGCUUAGAAGGAUUCGAAGGCACAGACCGUCACCUCGAAAAUUUCAUCAAGGGAAGUUUAACACAAGUCACACAACUCAUUAACAAUGUUUUAACUUUGUAUGUUCAAUUGCAUAGCUUACCAUUUAAACCACCAAGAAAUGAGAACAUAACAUAUGAAAAUCAAAAGUAUCCAGAGUGGAUGACAAAUGGUGACAAAGAUUUGCUAGUUUCUAAACCAAAUAGAAUGCAUGUAGAUGCUGUUGUGUCCUUAGAUGGCAGCGGCCGGUAUCGGUCGAUUGCACAGGCUAUAAAUGAGGCUCCAAGCUAUAGUAACAGGAGAUAUGUGAUCUACGUGAAGAAGGGAAUUUACCAUGAAAAUAUUGAUUUGAAGAAGAAAAAAACCAAUAUUAUGCUUGUGGGAGAUGGGAUUGGAGCCACUGUCAUUACUGGUAACAGAAAUUUCAUGCAAGGAUGGACUACUUUUAGAACUGCAACUGUUGCUGUUUCGGGCAAGGGAUUUAUUGCGCGAGACAUAACAUUUCGCAAUACUGCUGGGCCUAAAAACUUCCAAGGCGUGGCCCUUCGUGUGGACUCGGAUCAAUCGGCCUUUUUCAGGUGCAGCAUGGAAGGAUAUCAAGACACACUUUACGCCCAUUCACUCCGUCAAUUCUAUCGCGAAUGCAGCAUUUAUGGCACCAUAGAUUUCAUUUUUGGCAAUGGUGCUGCAGUUCUUCAAAACUGUAAGAUUUACACUAGACCUCCACUUCCAUUACAAAAGGUAACAAUCACUGCCCAAGGUCGAAAAAGCCCACAUCAAAGCACUGGAUUUUCAAUCCAAGAUAGCUACAUUUACGCCACUAGGCCAACUUAUUUGGGCCGGCCCUGGAAAAUGUAUUCAAGGACUGUGUACAUGAAUACUUACAUGAGUGGAAUGGUCCAGCCCAGAGGAUGGCUGGAGUGGUAUGGGAAUUUUGCUUUGAACAGCUUGUGGUAUGGUGAGUAUAAGAAUUAUGGGCUUGGAUCAUCACUUUCGGGUCGGGUUAAGUGGCCCGGAUACCAUAUUAUUAAAGAUCCUUUAUCGGCUAGUUUCUUCACCGUUCAACAUUUCAUCGACGGCAUGUCGUGGUUGCCGGCCACCGGCGUCCAGUUCUCAGCUGGUCUUACUAAUUAGGCUGCAGUAACGUAUAGUUACGGUUCAAUUGUUUCAUCGUUUUAUAUAUUGUGUAUAUAAUUCAAAAUGGCGUUGUAUAUAAUAUGCAUCAUUAUAAAAAGAGAAGCGUCUCAAAUGAUUUCUCAU